GGUUCAUUUAUUUCUAAAUAUGCAUUUGUUUGUUUUGGUAGAAUGGAGUUAAUCUGAUAGGCUUAGAGAAAUGUAUAAUCGCCUCUCAGAUGGAUCCAACUGGGUUGGAUACAUAAGUGUAAGAAGCUCAAAAACUCAAGAAAUCUCAAAUUCUGAUUAAUUUUCCUGAUUGUUUAAUUAUGCUAGGCCCCUCCCCCUGGUCAUUGCAUUAAUCAACAGUUAAACAGGAGGAACCCUUUCUUAAUCAAACAUGACCACAUGGCGCUCAGAGUACACAAAAAAAAUUCCAAUUUGCGCACACAUCAGGAUUAAACUGCCUAAAGGUGGGGCAAAAGAAAAGAGGAAAAUAAGUGAAGGUUCUCGGUUGUGGUCGAGAGUUUAAUCCUUUGAGCUUGCGGGAAUCAGACGCAGAGGGGAUGGUCUCUGCCGUCGGAUUUGGUGCAUUUACACGCAGCUGAUGCCCUGAAAAAGUAGCACUUUGACAGCGCCUCGUUAAAAGUGGCGGCCCGGCAUCCCAGGACAGUUUGAUGGCAAUUACUAAGACUGAGCUGCUCAUCCUCAGGGGACAGACAUGCUGUGCAAACUUGUGCUGCGCAUCGCUUUAGCAGCAAGCCUGCUUCUACUGGAGCUGGCUGGCUCCACAGGAACCACAAAAAAGUCUCAAGUGAAGAACAACUCUGGCGUGACACCAGCGGGCCAAUGUGGAACCUGGAUAAAGGAGCCUGAUGGAGGCUACUUCACCUCCCCCAACUACCCAGAGAAAUACCCACCAGAGAGGGAAUGUAUCUACAUCAUAGAAGCCUCCCCCCGACAGUGCAUCGACCUGUUCUUUGAUGAGAAGUACUCCAUCGAGCCUUCCUGGGAGUGCAGGUUCGACCACAUUGAAGUCCGUGACGGUCCGUUCGGCUUCUCGCCCAUCAUCGGUCGCUACUGCGGGCAGGAAAGCCCGACCUACGUCCGCUCCAGCGGGAGGUACCUGUACAUCAAGUUUGUGGCUGAUGGAGAACUGGAGGCCAUCGGUUUCUCGGCGCGGUAUAACUUCACUCAAGAUCCUGAGUUUAAAGAUCUCGGAGUGCUCCCAACUUUGCCAAUUUGUGACUUUGAGCUUAGCGGACCAGAAGGCUUUGUGGAGUCCGUUCAGAUAAGCAGGGAUGGCCGGGCCCAGAACACUGAUGCUGUGGACUGCAGGUGGUACAUCAGAGCGCCACCUAAAUCCAGGAUCUACAUGCGUUUUCUGGAGUACGAGAUGCACAACUCCAACGAGUGCAAACGUAACUUCGUUGCCAUCUAUGAUGGCAGCAGUUCGGUGGAGCACCUGAAGAACAAGUUCUGCUCCACGGUGGCCAAUGACGUCAUGCUGGCGUCCUCCCUGGGUGUGGUCCGGCUGUGGGCGGACGAGGGGAGCAGAAAGAGCCGGUUCAAAAUCCUCUUCACAACUUUCCAUGAACCUCCAUGUGAAAGAGAAACCUUCUUUUGCCACAGUAACAUGUGCAUCAACCACACUCUAGUCUGCAACGGCGUCCAGAACUGUGUUUACCCAUGGGACGAGAAUCGCUGCAAAGAGAAACGAAAAGCCAGCAUCCUCGAUACCCUGGACAACACUAACCUGACUAUUAUUGGAGUUACCUGUGGUCUGGUUGUGAUCCUACUGAUCAUAUCAGUUAUCAUCCAGAUCAAACAGCCUCGCAAAAAAUAUGUUGUUCGCAGAGAUGACUUUGACCCUGCCCUCCUUCACCCCGGUUUUGAACCUCCACACUAUGAGCUGUGCACGCUGCGCCGCGCCCCUUCUGGUGACCUGGCUGAUUCAGCCCUGGCAGAGGACUUUGACAAGUUCCACAAACUCAGACGCUCCGAGAGCAAAUGCAUCCGGGACCACCACUGCGGUUCUCAUCAUGGAAGUCUGGCUGGCAGCAUCCACGGCAGCCGCAGCAACCUGAGCCUGAGGGACGCCACCAUUGCGCCUGACGGUGGCACUCUUGUGCCUCCGCUAUCCCCAGUAAUGGUGAGCCAGAUGUCUCCACAUCUGUCCCACCAGAAUACACCAGCGGGUCGGCGGAGCAUUCUGGUGAUGAAGCACAGCUACUCCCAGGAGGGGCCAGAAGGGUACAGGGGGGAGGAGGAGGAGGAUGACUUGAUGGUGGAAAUUGGUCACCCCAACAGUCAGCAUCACAUGCACCACCAUCAGAUCCACCAUGGCCUGUCCGGCAUGGACCACACCGUUCAUCGCACACUGUCCAAUGACUUCUGAUUUACUGUUAAAUGACAAGCAACCACAAUAAUAUACAGUGUCAUAAAUUAGCUUUAAAGUUUAGUCUACUGAGGCAUCCUAGAAAAUACCAAAACACACACAUUCAAAAAGACAAAAAAAACACAUAAAUGGGCAAAAAAAAACUUGUUUUAAUCCAAAAACCUCAGAGCAGAUACAUUUAUAAGGCGGACUACAACCUCACCAGAGGGAAAAUAUAAGGACAUAAUCUGCAAUAUUUCAAUAAACUGAGAUCAAGCACAUUUAUCACAUUUCCUUAUUUUUAUUUAUGUAUUUAUUUAUUCCUGGCAUUUCAACUUUGAUAGACUUUAAAUAAAACAACAUACUCAAAUAAAACAACAUAUUCUAUUACACUAAACCCAUAGCUAUUCUCUGAAUAAAUAAUUGUAAUUGAAUUUUUAUGUCUGUUGUGCCACCAAAGCAACAACAAAUAAUCAUGUUUUGUGCACACUUGUGUUCAAUCAAUGUUUAUUUAUUCAAAUAAAUAUCCUCCCUUGAACUUUGAAUUUAAUUGUUAUUAUUGGUUUCUACAUGCAUAU